AUGGUUGAGCCUGUAGGUAACCACUAUGUUGUAGCCAGAUCUGUGUACUCGGAGAAGUUAUUUGAUGAAGAGCAUGAGAAACUGCACAGAUACCAUAAAACCUUUUGGGAUCACCUAAAACUAUAUUUUCGCUGUUCUCCACAAAGGAUCAAAAAAAUUGUCUUGGGUUUGCUUCCAAUUGCCUCCUGGCUGCCAGCGUACCGCUUCAAGGAGUGGAUCCUGAGCGACAUCGUCUCCGGCAUCAACACGGGGCUUGUGUCUGUCCUGCAAGGUCUCGCAUUUGCUUUGCUGGUAAAUAUCCCCCCUGGUUAUGGACUCUACGCAGCAUUUUUCCCGGUCUUAGUCUAUUUUAUCUUUGGCACAUCCAGACAUAUCUCAGUGGGUCCCUUCCCUGUCCUGAGCCUGAUGGUGGGAGGCGCCGUUGUGAGACUAGUCCCGGAUGACUUUUCUGAAAAUGGCACUUUAGUGAAUAUUUCCAAAAUAGAUGAAGAGAGGGUGAUGGUAGCUGCAUCUGUAACCUUCCUGGCUGGGAUUUUCCAGUUGCUUCUGGGAAUUCUACAGUUUGGAUUCAUAGUUAUUUAUUUAUCACAGUCAUUAAUCAGUGGUUUCACAACUGCUGCAGCUAUCCAUGUUGUGGUAUCUCAGCUGAAAUUCAUGUUUCAACUAACGGUUCCUGGAUUUAAUAAACCAUUUGGCAUCAUCUAUACUCUGGAAAGCGUUUUUAGUCAAAUCACAAAAACAAACAUUGCUGACCUCGUCACAUCACUCAUUGUCUUGCUUAUCGUGUUCGUGGUGAAAGAAGUGAACGAUCGAUACAAAGCAAAGCUGCCAACGCCCAUCCCCAUCGAGCUCCUUGUGACAGUCUUAGCAGCGCUGAUAUCCUAUUUUGCUAAAUUUGAAGAAAAAUUUAAUGUAGCUGUUGUUGGAAAACUAGAAGAAGGAUUUCAAUCUCCUGUUGCACCUGAUAUAAAUGUCUUCCAAAGGUGUAUAGGCGACAGCAUUUCCAUUGCAAUCGUUGGGUUUGCAGUAGGCUUCUCAGUGGCCAAAGUGUAUUCCAUCAAGCAUGACUACCCACUAGAUGGCAAUCAGGAACUAAUUGCUUUUGGGUUGGGUAAUAUAGUUGGAGGAUCAUUCAAAGGAUUUGCCUCCAGUACAGCGCUGUCGAGAUCAGGUGUGCAGGAGAGCACAGGAGGCAAAACCCAGAUUGCUGGUAUUAUCUCAGCUAUCAUCGUCCUGAUUGUGAUCUUGGCCAUUGGGUUUCUCCUGCAGCCAUUACAAAAGUCAGUCCUUGCAUCUUUGGCUCUUGGCAACUUAAAAGGAAUGCUCAUGCAGUUCAAGGAAAUAGGCGUCUUAUGGAGAAAAGACAAGUAUGACUGUGCCAUAUGGGUGGUGACGUUCUUGGCCGCCGUUUUCCUCGGCCUGGACAUCGGGCUGGCGACUGCUGUGGCCUUCCAGCUGCUGACCGUGGUCUUCCGCUCACAAUUUCCAAGCUGCACCGUUUUGGCUAACGUUGGAAGAAGUGACAUCUACAAAAACAGGAAGGAUUACACUGAUAUCUAUGAGCCAGAGGGAGUGAAGAUUUUCCGAUGCUCAUCUCCUAUCUUCUUUGCUAACGUUGAAUUCUUCCAAGAGAAACUCAUCACUGCUGUCGGCUUCAGCCCGUUGAGAGUCCUGAGGAAACGCAAUAAAGCUCUGAGGAAAAUCAGAAAGAUGCUGAAGAAAGGAGACCUGCAAGUGACACCUAAAGGCUUGAUUUGCAUGGCUAACCAUACACAAGAGUCUGAUGAAGAAUUAGACAACAACAGGAUAGAGGAGUUGGACCAGCCCACUGACCUGACGGACUUGCCCGUUCAGAUAGACUGGAACGCUGACCUCCCUCCCAACAUCUCCGUGCCCAGAGUGGACAUCCACAGCGUCGUUCUAGACUUCUCAGCAGUGUCCUUCCUUGAUGUUUCUGCCAUGAGGAUCCUCCAAAAGACUUUGAAAGAAUUUGUCCGCAUCGACAUAGAUAUUUACAUUGUGGCGGCCCAUGAGGGCUUUGUGGACAAACUGGAGAGAAGCGCAUUUUUUGACGAGGAGAUUAAGCCAUCUAUGUUUUUCCUUACCAUUCAUGACGCAGUUUUACACAUUUUGCUGAAGAAGGACAUAGCCAGCUCACCAAAAUUAAAGCCCACUGAGAAGGGUAGCAACAACCAUUGCGUUAUCAACACUAGCGGGGGAUUGCGCAGCCGGGAGAACACGGCAGCCCCAAUAUGUGUAUCAUUCAGCGAGCAGACAGGCACACCAGCCCCAGGACCCAGCUCAGGUGGAGCUGUGAGUUCAGAACUGCCAAAAGGCAGGCUGUUUCCAAGGUCUCUUGGACAUAUGUUCGAAGGACUUUAA